AAAAUUUCUAAAAUAUACCGCAAGUACCAGACAUUUUACUUACUAGGAGAUUUUAUACGGUGCCUCACAGUUGCACAGGUAGCGGCCCAGCUCUGUUCCUGUUCUGACUAGAAUUGUAUUGGUGAUUUCCAUGAGCGACGGUAACCACUCACUUUUAACUGGGCCGAAACUCGUCUGCAUAGAAGGGCAAUAAAAAAAGAAAAAUAAUUAAAGUGUUCCUUGAGCUCAGGCUGGCAAGUCACACUGAAUCUGAGUCAAGUGUCUGGGUGACAUCGCUUUUGUGUUGAUUAAAACCAUUGCAGACAUGAAGUGUCUAACAAUUGCUGCACUUUUAUUCGUGGCGGGCUUAUCGAUUGCCGAGAAGUACACUGACAAGUAUGACAACAUAGAUGUUGAUGAAAUUCUUGAGAACCGAAAGCUACUGGUUCCUUACAUAAAAUGCGUAUUGGACGAAGGCCGCUGCACUCCCGAUGGGAAGGAACUUAAAGCUCAUAUCAAAGACGGAAUGCAGACAGCGUGUGCGAAGUGUACAGAUAAACAGAAGGUGUCAGCCAGAAAGAUCGUUAAACACAUUAAGCAGCACGAAGCUGAUUACUGGGAGCAGAUGAAGGCCAAAUAUGAUCCCAAAGAUGAAUUCAAAGAAAUCUACGAGGGAUUCCUCGCUGGUCAAAACUAAACUUGUUAUAAAUGCUUGCGGUGGUACAACAGAAUAAUUGUUUUUUUUUUGUAAGAAAUCAUAAAUGGCUUUUGGUCUGUAAAUUCGAACCAUAUUUAAUUUAAUUGUUGUUGAUUUUCCCGUUUGUUUCUUUAAGUAAACGUUUUAAAAUCUGUAUUUAAUUAUUAAAAAAGAAAAAGAAAAUUCUGAA